GAAUUAUGACCACCAGUCCAGAAGAUGUUAGGCGAGCAAAAUUAGUUGAACGAGUUCGUGUCUCAGUUGUUGCAUUUUGGAUUAUGUCGAUUGUUUCUUUAAUAAUCGGCAUAACAGUAUUAUCAAUGUAUCAUAAUAUCAAUGAAUCAUCUCAGUAUAAUGGUACAAUAGCUGGUACAUUUUUUUUAGUCUUCAGUGUACCACUGAUUAUAUGCAGUGGUUGUUUAACUAGUGCCUUAUUAAUAAUUCAAGAAUCUAUACAAGACGAAAGAGACUAUCGAUGUCGUGAUCCAGAGUUUUAUAAAGAUAUACCGUAUCCACGUCAACCAUUCAAGCCAACGCCAUCCACAUCGUCAGUACCGCCUACACCAUAUCCUUCUGCACCUAUGCCAAUAUUUGAUGUUGAUCAGUUGAGAAGUUUCGUGCCAUCAGAUCAUCAAUAUGAUGCUGCCUAUCCGCCUAGUUAUCAUAACACAGUUACUAAAAAUGAUUAAAAAAAAUUAGCGAAGCCAGCUAAUUAACCAAUGGAGUUAUACAAUUAUACAGUGAUAUACACAUACGUUAAAUGUACUUAUAUCUGUUAAUCCUUGUGCAUUCAACAGUUCUAAUAAUCACAAGAAGAAAAAAAAUAAACGAGAAUGUCUCCAUAAAACAGCUUCACAGCUUCACUGCUCUUUCGCUUUAGCAUUAUUAUAAUUUUAUUAUUAUUAUUAUUACAAUCAGGAGUUUAAUGACUUGUUUUUGAUAUAUUAUUUAUUAUUAUUAUUUUUUGCUUUAUUUAUUUUAUUUAUUUAUUUAUUUAUUCAAUUAUCUAUACAUAUCUGACUGAAAAUACAUGACUUAUCUGCCUUAUUCCCCCCCCCCUUCGCGCCUCUCCCC